GAUCGCCCAAGCGAUAAAAUCGGCAAUAGGUACACCCAACGCGCAGGUGAAUAGAGACGACGCUGCUCCCCAACCAAAAGUGCCAACAUUCUCGCACCCGGCUUUUCAUGCGUCGGAUGAAUCAACAGUCGAAGACUAUUUUAACAGACUGGAGUGGGCGCUAAAAUUGAGCAAUAUCCCCACCGAUAAAUACGCGGACUAUGCGCGCGUGCACAUGGGAACAGAAUUAAACAAUGCUCUUAAAUUUCUCGUCACCCCAAAGCGGCCAGAGGAAAUUCCCUACGAAGAGCUUCAAAAAACACUCAAAAACCACUUCGACCAGAAGAAGAACAAGUUUGUCGAGAGUGUCAAAUUCCGUAACAUUUUGCAACAAAGGGGCGAAACGAUUUCUCAAUUUGUUCUGCGACUCAAACAAGGGGCUGCCUACUGUGAGUAUGACGAUUUUCUCGACAGAAUGUUGAUUGAACAAAUGCUCCACGGCAUGGAAGCACGCGACAUUUGUGACGAAAUCAUCGCAAAAAACCCCAGCACGUUUAAAGAAGCUUUUGAUAUCGCAUUAACGCUCGAAGCCACACGGAAUACAGUUCGUGAUAUCUCCACGGCGACACCGUCGGCGUCAGCAGAAGCUACCAAUAAGUUGGGUUAUGAAAACCCUCAGACUACAAAGCAACAACCAUUCCGUCGAGCAGAACCUCCUACCAAAACGUUCGCUUCACAUUCCAGAUGGACACACGAACAAAGCAACAACACUGCAGCUACGCCCUGCAACGGCUGUGGUGGGCCGCAUCCAAGAAGCCUUUGCCGCUUUCGCAACGCCCUAUGCCAUACAUGUAACAAAAAAGGUCACCUUUCGCAGGUUUGCCGAGCAGGAAACACACCACGCAAACGAUCGAAUAUUGAUCAGGUUGCGGAUUUCAACAUCGAUCCCGUACUAUCCAUUAAUACGAUACGCAACUCAGCUCCCGCUGCCAAAUUGAUGAUCGAUAUAAAAAUUGAUGGAAAACGCACCAGCAUGGAACUCGACACGGGAGCACCGUGUGGGAUUAUGGGGGAGACCACGUUACGGUCACUAAAAACAAACUAUUCUUUUCUUCCUACAGGUAGGCAGUUUACCAGCUACACCGGUCACCGCAUCCAUUGUCUGGGCCGAUUGCCCGUAAACGUGUCUGUUGGCACGGUAACCCGUCGGUUAAACCUGUACAUAGUAGCGGGACAAACAGACGCCCUCUUCGGUCGUGAGUGGAUCGCCCAAUUCGUUGAUCAGAUAGACCUUGGCAAAAUGAUAGCUCCAAACACACAUGUCAACGCUGUUACUAGCUCGAAGCUCACGAUAGAACACGAAACCCAGUUUAAUUCGUUGCUCGACAGUUUCCGUUCCGUGUUUAGCGACGUUCCAGGUAAAUUGACCGGACCACCAGCAUCAGUGCAUCUCAAACCUGAUGCAACGCCAAUUUUUGCUAAAGCCCGAGAUGUGCCAUUGGCGUUACGCGAUAAGUACGCAGCAGAAAUCGAAAAAAACUCAAAUCAGGGUUUUACGAAAAGGUGGAAUUUUCCGAGUGGGCUUCGCCGACCCACGUUGUGGCUAAGAAAAAUGGUAAUAUCCGAAUUACUGGCAACUAUAAGCCCACAGUAAACCCAAGAAUGAUUAUUGACGAACAUCCUAUACCCAGAGUGGAAACCAUUUUCAACCGUAUGAAGGGAGCCACACUUUUCAGCCACUUAGACCUAACCGAUGCGUACACGCACUUGACAAUCGAUGAAGAGUUUCGUAAAAUCCUCACCCUGAAUAUCUCCACGC